AUACACAUAACAGAUUAAAACAAAAUAAUACAGAUAAAAUAUAUAUUUUGAGACGUUUCUUUUAGUUUAGUUGGGUGCUGUGUUCGAGGGGGAGAGGCUCGGAUAUUCACGCUGUGAUAUUUUCACGGGACUGGAGAAGGUGAUUAGGGUACAGCACAGGGGUUCAACGCGGUACGUUGGCAAUCAAUUUUUCCACCAGUAGUCAUGUUCCAAAACCGGAAGUAGUUAGCAUUGUGGGACUUGUAGUUCCGCUCUGGUGCUCCUGGGGGUCGAUAACAGCGCGCGGAGGAGGAGAAAAACAAAACAAAAAAUAAAUAAAUUAAAAAAAAACAUUUUACUGGCUUGCAAAAAAAAAAUCCAAGUUAGGCUUUCUCGCUAAGCAUGCCUGGCUUCACCUGCUGCGUCCCCGGCUGCUACAGCAACUCCCACCGGGACCGCGAACUGCGCUUCUACACCUUUCCAAAGGAUCCCGUGCAGAGAGAUAUUUGGCUGAAGAACAUCUCCCGGACCGGGGUGAGCGGCUGCUUCAGCACCUUCCAGCCCACCACCGGCCACCGGGUCUGCAGCACCCACUUCCCCGGGGGCAGGAAGACCUACAGCAUUCGGGUGCCGACCCUGUUCCCGCUACGCGGCAUAAACGAGAAAAGGGGCAGGCGAGGGAGGAACAAAAAAGUGUCUGCUCAUGCCGCCGCCGCAGCUACUGUUGCUGCCACGGUCGACGUGACAGCAUCUUACGCACCCUCUUGCAGCCUCCUCAUCGCAGUGAAACACGAAGACACCGGCAUCGGUGCCAACGAGCAGGGGGUGAAUGACCAAAGCGCUCAGACCGAUCGCAAGAGGGGACCCGACGAGACAAAGCCCGUUGACCUGACGGUGCAACAAGAAGCCCUCGGUUUCUGUGAACCAGUGGCAGCGUCCACCUCGGAGGGGUUUCAAGCAGCCCCAGGGGGCGACCUAUCAUACCCUACAACCUCCACCCUGACCGCCGCUCCGAUUGUGGUGUACAAUGGUAAGGAGACGUUUGAUCACUCGUACUCACUGACGUCCGGAACCACCUCCACGGAGCUGCUGAAGAAACUGAACGAGCAGCGGGAUAUCAUCGCCCUGAUGGAGGUCAAGAUGAAGGAGAUGAAGUCGACCAUCCGACAGCUCAGGAUAACAGAGGCGAAGCUGAGGGAAGAGGUGAGGGACAGAGACAGGAUCAUGUCUAUGGCUGUGUUAAGGAAGAAGCACGGCGUGUAAUUCUGUCUGUCCGUUUCUUUAUUAAGAAAAUAAAGGAAUGGAAAUUAGAAAAAGAAAAAAAAACUUUUUAUAAGGGAUUCCAAAAGUUGUGUGAAACAAAGAAAGUUUUGUACACAGUCAGUUUAAGAGUAAAUAACUUUACAUUGUCAGAAUUAUUUUUUUUGCUUAAAAAAAUGUUGUUACUAAUGUUAGCUAGUUAUUGUAACAUGUUAGCUUAUAAUAUUGUAAAACAAAGUAGCAUUGUUUUUUUUUUUUUUUUUUUUUGCUCAAAAGCUUGGCUACUGCAGAAGCUCGGAAUGAUUUGAUACAGUGAUAUCCCAAAAAAGUUUGACUGUAUUAUUAACGCGCUUACUAUCACCCUUGGGGUUUACCACCCCAGUCAGACACGUUUUCAAUCAACAGGUGAUUUAGUUUGUAUUACCCAAAGUCUGGAUUCUCCAACUACAGUAUCAUUUGCUCGCGUCUCAUACUGUAGGUGACGUUGAAGCUUGCCUCAGAACUGCGGGUCCGGGAAGUCAAAGCUCCACAUCACUAGGAUGAGCACAGGGAUGUCUCUUUCAAACUCUGAUUGGUGAUGAGAAACGUGGCUGUGCAUCGCUAUUUGAAAUGGGAUUCAUUUACUUUGCUAGCUAAAUACUACAGCUUUUUAAAAAGGAGAACAAAGUACUGAAGAAGGGGAUGGUGGUGGUUCGGAGAGCACCCAGCAUCUGAACCUGAGCUCUGUGACUGUGUAGAUCUCCAGUGCUUGUGCUGUGUCUUUAACCCUUUACAUUGUGGCAAGAUUGUGUGAAGUGUGCCCUAGUUUGCAGCUCACGAUGAAGAAGGGGUGCAGUUAAGGGAUACUGGUUUCCGAGAUGCUCUUCUCCAGUACGCUGUGCCUUCACGUGCCUUAGUCUCUCCCAGCUAUUAAACUGGGUGCCAGCUGGACCCCUGCAUUGAAAAGAGAAGCCGCGUCAGGAAGGGAAAGAUCUGACAACUCAACUCAAAAACAAGGAACAGGGAUACCGUGUCAGCCAAAGACAUUUACUGAGCUGCAACUGUUAUUACAGGGGUGAAGUUAGACUCCCAUUGCAUAGCUGUUUGAUCUAUUCCUGGUUUUACUAGGAGUUUAACAAGACACACCUGAGCUGGUUACCUCUGCACACUGGCGAAUCAAGCUUGUAGUAAAACCUGGAAUGGGUGAAACUGCUUUGCAGUGGGAGUCUUAUUUCUGUAUUACGAGGUCCAUGCAAAACAUGUACUGGCUCUGGCAAAUCAUUUUUUUAUCUCAAUGAAAUAAAAACAUUCCUGUUUGGUACUGGUUUAGUAUUAUAGAUCCAUACUUUUAUGCUGUGUUAGAAAACUAUUGUGAACUGGCUAGGCCUGGAAAGAUAUUGUUAAAACUAAAAUAAACUGUCAAUUCAAUGGCAUAUGUUUCAACUAGAAGUCGAUUCUAUGUCUUCAAUCAAAUUCAGCACUAUUCAGUGUUUAAUAAUUGUGGAAGAUAUUAUUUUUUUUUUAGUUAAGCAUUAAUUCCAUUAUAAUGGCUGUAAAGCAGGCACAGUUACAGGUUUAAAUUCAACUGACAACCCAGUUAUGGUCUCAAGCUCCUGCAUGUCAGGAUCCAACGAGGGUUUUUUUUGAUGUAAAGAAUAUUUUGGGGUCACUGUGAAAUCAAAAAACAAAUGAAGACAAGCAGACCAGUCAUGGAUAACACCUAAUUACAUGUGUUACCUAAUAAGGAAAUGCAUGAGAGCUGGGACACGGAAGUAUUGGUUCACCUUGUCACAGUGGUAUCUGUUUGUUUAUUUAUUACUGUUGUGGUGCAUGUCUGUUUUCUGUGUGGAUAUGUGUGACUUGCAUCCUAAAAUACACAGCAUGUACCUCAGAAUUCGCUUACAAGCACAACACAGUGUAUUGAGAUUGCAACACGCUAUUAAAAUCCCUAAUUGCUGCAGGACAAUUUAGAUGCCAGUACUUCAUAUGCAUAUUUUAUGUUAGUUCAGUUUUUUUCUGUAACUGUUGUCUGUGAUGAGUUUAUUCCCUGGAUUCCAGAUGUGCAUUGCUGGCAGGAACAUCUGUUUUGUUUUUGUAAUAAACUCAUUACUUACUGUUA